UUCCUGUUAGCUUCGGUAGCUACUGAUGCCGAGCUGGAAACACUCUUUGGAACGCAUCAAAUUUCACUUGGCAAAGUUCUGCGCUGUUUCUUACAAAGCUCCAGACCACAAAACUACAAGAAGAAGAACCACCAAAUAGAUGAAGACAUGCAACAGCCGUUGGUGAUUAAAGAAGACAUCCUACCUAAGCAGGAGGAUUGGAGUCCAAGUCAGGACCAAGAGGACUCUAAGCCUACAAACAUUAAAGUGGAACAGGAGGAACUCGGGAUAAAUCGAGAGGGAAAGCAGGUUCAUGGGUUGGGCAAGGAUGAUUUCACCAAGUUUCCUUUUACUGCUGUCCCUGUGAAAAGUGAAUAUGAAGAAAAACCACAGUUAUCACAGGUUCAUCAAUGCCAAAGUGAUGAGAAUACAGAGGUGGAGCUUCGAGACGGUGACUCAGUUGAACUCCAAACAUUGAAAACAGAACCUAAUGAAGAGGAUUGUGAAGGACCACAACUAGCCAGCAACUCUAAUCAGUGCAGCCGUUUACAACCAGAUACUGAUGGCAGAAGUUCUGACUUUUCUGAGACAGAUACUGAUGACAGUUGUGAAUGGCUGCAGAACAAGGAACUUCAAUUAGGUGUAAACUGUCUAAAAAGCACAGGUCAUAGCAGAUGUGAAAUGACUAUGGAACAGUUUCCAGGUUCUGAAUGUGGAAAAACUUUGGACCAUGUAAACUCCUCAGAGCAACUCAAGCCCAGUCAAGAAAAUAAGAAACCAUUUAGUUGCCGGGAGUGUGACAAAAGAUUUGGAUAUAAGAGUACUUUGAGAGCACACAUGAAAAAUCACACAGGAGAGAAACCGUUCAGCUGCAUUGAGUGUGGCAGACAGUUUGUACAGAAAGGCCGGCUGAACACACACAUGAAAACUCAUACGGGAGAGAAACCAUUUGCUUGCACUGAAUGUGGCAAGCGGUUUGGAGGAAAGCACAAUCUCAACAACCACAUGAAAAUUCAUACAGGAGAGAAACCAUUUGGCUGUUCUGAGUGUGAUAUGAGAUUUGGACACAAGGGUAAUCUGAAUGCACACAUGAGAAUUCAUACGGGAGAGAAACCAUUUGGCUGUUCGCAGUGUGGUGAAACAUUUACACUCAAGAACACGCUGAUUACACACAUGAGAACACAUACUGGAGAAAAACCAUUUGUCUGUUCUCAGUGUGGUGAAAAAUUUGGAAAAAAGACCCGACUGGAUACACACAUGAGAAGUCAUACAGGAGAAAAACCGUUUAGCUGUUCUCAUUGCAGUGAAAAUUUUGGAGAUAAGUGCCAUCUGAAUGCACAUAUGAGAAUUCAUACAGGAGAGAAACCAUUUGAGUGUUGUGAGUGCGGUGAGAGCUUUACAGAAAAGGCUGGUCUGAAAUCACACAUGAGAAUUCAUUCAGGAGAGAAACCAUUUGAGUGUUGUGACUGUGGUGAAAGAUUUAGACAUAAGAGCAGUCUAAAAAUGCACACGAGAAUUCAUACAGGAGAGAAACCAUUUAGUUGUCCAGAGUGUAGUGAAACAUUUACACAAAAGAGCAGCCUAAACACCCAUGUGAGAAUUCACACAGGAGAAAAACCAUUUAGAUGUUCUCAGUGUGGUAAAACAUAUCGAAGUAACAGUGGUCUGACAAAACACUUAAGAAGUCACCCAAGACAGAAACUGUUUAGCUCAUACAUGCAACAGCCAUUGGUAAUUAAAGAAGACAUCUUCCUUAAACAAGAAGAUUGGAGUCCAAGUCCAGACCAAGAGGACUCGGAGCCACCAAACAUUAAAGAGGAACAGGAGGAAUUCCGGAUAAAUCAAGAUGGAAAGCAGGUUCAUGUGUCGGGGGAGGAUGAUAUCACUAAGUUUCCUUUUACUGUUGUCUGUGUGAAAAGUGAAAAUGAAGACAAGAACACGGACUCUGAACUUGUAGGCAGUGACUUGGCUCAACACAAAACACUGAAAACAGAACCUAAUGAAGAUGAUUGUAAAGCACCACAACUAGCCAGCAAUUCCAAUCAGUGCGGCCGUUUACAACCAGAUACUGAUGGUAGAAGUUCUGACUUUUUUGAGACAGAUACUGAUGACAGUUGUGAAUGGCCGCAGAACACGGAAGCUCAGUCAGUUGUAAGCUAUGAUGGCAGACGUGAAUUGGCCAAUAAACAGUUUACAGGUUCUGAAUGUGGAAAAACUUUGGACCAUGUAGACUGCUCAAAGCAAGCCAAGAGCAUUCAAGAAAAGAAGAAACCCUUUCGCUGCUUUGAGUGUGGCAAACAGUUUUUAAAGAAAGUCCUCCUAAUCACACACAUUAGAAUUCAUACAGGAGAGAAACCAUUCGAGUGUCCUCAGUGUGGUGACGGCUUUACACAAAAAGCUGGUCUGAAAUCACACAUGAGAAUUCAUUCAGAUGAGAAACCAUUUGAGUGUUCUGAGUGUGGUGAAAGGUUUAGACAUAAGAAUAGUCUAAAAAUGCACACGAGAACUCACACAGGAGAAAAACCAUUUAGCUGUACGGAGUGUGGUGAAGCAUUUACACAAAAGAGCAGCCUGAACACGCACGUGAGAAUUCACACGGGAGAGAAACCAUUUAGCUGUUCUCAGUGUGGUAAAACGUAUCGAAGUCGUAGUGGUUUCACUAGACACUUAAGAAGUCACCCAAGACAAAAAACAGUUAGCUCAUAGACCUACAAAGGUAACUUGUCCAGUCAUGGUCUUUUUCAGUAAGGUCUGACUUCCAGUCAUUUCAGAAUGUGGUCGACUACUAAACAUGUUUCACUCCAAGUUGUCAGUCUAUUGCAAAGUUGACAAGACCUGGGUGAAUUUGGGGCCCCUAGUUUUCUAUUAAUCUAAGAAAAAUGGUCUAAUUAAUUUGUGGAAUGUUUGUGCUGCAAAACAUUUCUUCUGUGCUGCUUUCAUUUUAUUAAUUGUCACCAGCAGCAGGAAAUGAAGCAACAGAUUACAAAAGUUGACAUCUUAUGUGAAUUAGUAAGAUUUCAUGGAUGGCAUGUUUGCCAAAUAGCAGCGCUGCCAACAAUGAUUUUAAAUCUGUACAGAGUAUGUUUUAUGAUUUUUCUGUGUGCAAAAUCAAGCUAAUGUUGACAAAAUAUUGAAGUUGGUCAAGCAUGUCCACACGCCACUAUUCAAAUGCCCCUUUUCCCUCGUCCAUAGGACAUUUUAGACUUUAUUGAAGAAUGAUGAACAUAUCACUGCAGAGUUUUUUGCCCCACUCCCCAUCCGCGUUUUUUUUUUUUUAUUGCUCCUCUUAAAUUUAAAUACAUGAUUGAGGAAAGCUCACAGCUCCAUGUUGGGAUCUUCUCUCUCAUUCUCAGGUUUUUGGGGGUUUCUUGUCAAGUUUUAAAAUGUAAAGGGCCAUGUUAGUGCUGGUUUUUGACAGGUAUUACAGUCUGUACUUUGCAUAAAAUAUAUGAAUUAGUAUUUAGAAAUGUCAUUAUUUAUGUAUUUUAUUGGCACAAUUUUCUGCCACAACUCUGAAUGAGUAAGGUUUCUAUGGCUAUGACAAUUACUAUUAUGUCAUGAAACGUUGAUGUGCACUGCUUAUGGUUUAUUGCUCCCGGUGUGUAGUGAGGCCUUGUAUGGCAGCACCCUGACAUCGGGGUGAAUGUGAGGCAUAAUUGUAAAGCGCUUUGAGCGUCUGAUGCAGAUGGAAAAGCGUUAUAUAAAUGCUGUCCAUUUUAGAUCAGAGAAGGAUUUUCAUACAAGAAAAUGUUAUGAAUGAGGUUUGAUUCUGGGCUCAAUUCUCCCAUGUGUUGUCUGGAAAAUUAGCUGAAAUUUCAUGAUUUUUGUUUUUUAAAUAAAUUUUUUCUCCAGUUACACUACAUCAUGACAUACAGACAAAAGCUGAACUGUUCAGUUUCUCCAAUCACAAUCUCAGACUCCUGUAACAUCAGAGGUGUCUUGAUGGCUUCCCACACUAGUAUAUUUCUUGCAUUCAAUUUUUCAGAACUGCCUACUCCAGACAGCUUUACCAUAUUGUACAAUACUAUUUCUUUUUGGGUGAUGUAAAUAAAAGACAUUGUUUAGUGACUUGUACAUGUAUCCAUCGCCUGAUUUGUUUAAUGAAAAAUGGUUGUGAAAGUUAAUGUGUAUUGAAAAUAAUCCUUGCAUUUAGUUUCUUAGUUAUGGGGUGCUGCUGUGUAAUAAAUGUCUGUAAUUC